AUGGAAGAAGAUUUGUACAAGGAUUAUCUUGUGCUGAAUCCGGAAAGCGCCAGCUUCUUCGACUUGGUCCGAAUCUUAUGUUUUCCCAGUCAUUCAUUGAAGGAACUAGAUUUCAUCGAUGUUCAAGAAACCAAGAAUCUGAAUGGGCUUAGGCGUCGAUGGCUCAUAUUCGUGUCUCUAUUGGUUCAGAAAAUCUUGAUCAAGAUCAAAAAUCCAAUGGCACUUGUUGGGACCCUACUCGAGACAUGGCUCAAUCUUCUUUCCAUCAAUGGAGGUCUUCUAUACCUUCUCCUAAACUUCAUCACAGGUAAGGUAAUAAAGGCGCCAGAUCCAUCGUCUGCGGAAUUCUCUUCUAUCAUUGCAUUCAUCGACCCGAGAGUGAAAUUGGACAAGAACAUAGAAAAUACAGACAACUUAUACAAACCAGCUCUUUCAUUAAUGGCUGCAAAAUUGUCUUAUGAAAAUGAAGCUUCUAUCCAAAAUGUGGUGCAAAAUGUGUGGAAGAUGGAGUAUUUGGGUUUCUUUGACUGCUGGGACGAUUACUUGGAGAAAUCGUCAACUCAAGCAAUGAUGUUCAAGGACACAUCGUCCUCACCCAACACCAUUGUGAUUGCUUUCCGAGGAACAAGCCCAUUCCUCGUUGAUGAUUGGCGAACCGACGUGGACUUCUCAUGGUACAAUCUAUACGGAGUUGGCAAGGUCCACGGUGGCUUCAUGAAAGCCUUGGGACUUCAAAAGAACUCGGGCUGGCCAAAAGAGAUCUCCAUGGGCACAUCGGAUAAACACUACGCGUACUACGAUAUUAGGCAGAAGUUGAAAGAACUUUUACAAGAAAAUGAGAACGCCAAAUUCAUAGUGACGGGGCAUAGCUUGGGUGCGUCCCUUGCAAUCCUUUUCGCGGGGGUGCUAAUGUUUCACGAGGAGGAAGAGUUAUUAAAGAGAUUAGAUGGAGUUUACACAUUCGGGCAACCAAGAGUUGGGAAUAAGAAAUUCGGAGACUACAUGAUGACGAGGAUGCUCAAAUACAACGUCAAGUACUUUAGAUACGUGUAUUGUAACGACGUGGUGUGUAGGAUGCCUUACGAUGACAAUUCACUCAUGUUCAAGCAUUUUGGCUCGUGUUUAUAUUUCAAUAGCUUAUAUGGAGGAGAGGUUCGCGAGGAGGAGCCAAACAAGAACUACUUCUCUCCAUUAUGGGCAAUACCAAUGGUUCUUAAUGCGAUAUGGGAGCUCAUAAGAAGUUUCUUGCUACCUAUGGUAAAGGGGAAAGAGUUCGAUGAGAGUUGGUUUUGUAGAUUCUUAAGAACAACUGCAAUCUUGUUUCCUGGAUUGUCUAAUCACUCUCCUCAAGACUAUGGCAACUUGACAAGAUUGGGAAGCCUUCAGUUCCAACAUAUCAAGAAAAAUGAGUAAUGGUGAGAAGAGCCUAGCUCACAUCAUGCUCAAUAAGGGAAAAUUGUUUUUUUGUUUUGAAAAUG